AUGACUGGCGCUAUAUAUUCAGGAAUUAUUUAUGACAUAAAAAAUCUUUGGUUUGAUAAGUCAUCCUAUUAUUAUAAUUCUUCAUUAAAAUUAUGGGAUAGACUUAUUAUUACUUUUCUUAAGAUCACUGCAUUAUUAUGUUAUUCAAACGGAAGAUUUAAAAAUGAAUUUCAAGAAUUACAAUCGAAAACUUUAAAUGUUGAUAUGUCUGCUGAGAAUUAUAAAGAAACUUUCUUAAUUCCUAUUGAACAAGAAUUUAGGGAAAAGACCACAGUUGUUGUAGUGGUGCCUAUUUAUCUUACUUCUAAAAACUCUUUAUUACAAGCUCGCGCAGUAUUAAAAUGUUUAGCCGGACAAACAAUAUCACCGAUGGCUGUUGUGGUUGUGGAUGACGCGUCACCUUUUCAAUAUGAAUAUGAAGAGAUUUUUCCUACUGAUUCAACUGAUUCUUAUAUAAACAUUAUAUAUAUAAAAUUAGAAAAAAAUGGUGGUCCUGGAAAUGCUCGUAAUCAUGGAAUAAAUGUCGCUUUCACAUUAAACCCAGUCUUAAUAAUGUUUACUGAUAUGGAUUGCCAACCUUUUCAAUUUUGGGUUGAAUCCGCAAUAGAAUAUUUUGAAAAUAAUCGUCAAAAAUAUGGAAAUUGUAUGAUUCUUAGUGGAUUAACUCAAUCACUUGGUGAUACGCACUUUGACCUUUAUCAUGAUCUCUUUGGUACUUUAAAUGGCCUUUAUCUGCCUUCCGAUGAAUCAUUAUUAUAUGGUACAACUUGUAAUCUAUGUGCUCCCACUCAAUUACUUAAAGCGAUGACUUUUGAUGAAGAUUUUCAGAAAGCUUCGUUUGAGGAUGUAGAAUUUUGUAUUCGUGCAAGGAAAUUAUUUAAUACCAAGACAUUAUUCGUUGAGAAAAUGAAGAUUUAUCAUGAUUUCGCGUAUAUUUCUAUUAUUGAUAAAAAAUGGUGGAAAUCUUUAAAUGCUUUCAAAGAUAAUUAUAUAAGAUUUGGUCGAUUAUUUCAAAAAUACGGUGAAUGGGAGCCUUUAAUGCUUGCGAAACAUUAUGAAUAUAACUCAUGGAGAGUUGGAUUAGAUGUCAUUCACUUAAAUCAAUUUUAA